AUGUUUCAUUCAACCAAUCAGCGUUCUUCGAUCUCUUCUUUUACGCAUACGUGAAUACCAUGUAAAUAAAGGCACACAGAAGUUGAAGUUAUUCAGAAGUUAGUGUCUUCCAGCACUUUGCACGCGAUAAUUGUUUGACCCGAGAUUUUAGAAAUGAUUUAAGUUGGAUAUUAAAAUUAAAAAUCUUCAAGAGAUAUAUAUGUAUGUUUUAUCAUUGUAAGAACACAUGUAAAAAGAUUGUGAAAGAUGGGAUUGUUAUCAGUAUUGAAGCAAUCUAAUGUGAUUUAUGUUAUAUUUGGUAUAACUUUUCUUACAUCGGGCCUGAUCAUCAAUUUUUUCCAGUGUCUUUUGUACUUUGGUCUUAGACCUUUUUCCAUAUAUCUUUAUCGCAAGAUUAACUGCUAUCUCUGCUAUUCCUUAUAUAGUCAGUUAGUAUUUGUACCAGAAUGGUGGUCUGAAUUAGACAUUGUACUUUAUAUGAAUAAGGAUGAUGUAGAAAAAUUUAGAAAAAAUCAUAAAUAUAUAUUAAUGAACCAUAGAUAUGAAAUAGAUUGGCUUUGUGGAUGGAUCAUAUGUGAACGUACAGGAGUACUUGGUAAUUGCAAAGCAUAUGUAAAAAAAUCAUUACAGUAUGUUCCAAUAUUAGGGUGGGCAUGGAGAUUUGCUGGAUAUAUAUUUAUGGAAAGAAAUUGGGAAAAAGAUAAAGAAGUAAUCACCUCUCAAAUUAAAGAGCUUGUAAAUUACCCAGAUAGUAUAUCGUUGCUUUUAUGUGCCGAGGGAACACGAUUUACAACAGAAAAACUAGAAGCCAGUCAAAAAUUCGCCCAAAAAGCGAAUCUUCCAAUAUUAAAUUAUCACUUAACACCUCGAACGAAGGGUUUUGUAGCAAGUUUACCGCAUAUGCGGGGCAAAAUUUCUGACAUUUAUGACAUGCAACUGCAGUUUAAGUCAGAUGAUCCUGUAAAACCAACAUUAACAAACUUACUGCAGGGAAAACGGAUCACUGCGUACAUAUGUCUUUUCAGGAUACCGUUAGAAGAAGUGCCAGAAGACGAGAAAGGUGCUGAAGAAUGGUUACAUAAACAUUAUGAGAAAAAAGAUCGUAUGGCAGAAAGUUUUGAACAAACAGGUGAUUUCUUUGAACUUAGUGGGGUACCCAAAUUAGAAAAGAUUACAUUAAAAAGAAGAUAUAAUUCACUCGUUAAUAUAAUUUUCUGGGCAGUGGUAGUGAAUGCACCAAUUCUUUAUUAUUUGAUUAUUAUUCUCUUGUCUGGAUCGAUAAUUUAUUUCUCGAUAGGAGCGAGUAGUAUCUUCUUAAUUUGUUUACUUUUGCAAAGAAUGAUCGGAAUGUCCAAAAUAAGUAAGAGUUCAUCAUACGGAACUGAUGAUAAGAAAUUGAAGUAAGAUAGAAAUGGGAAAAUAAUAAAAGGAAUACAGUAUGAAAAAAUACAGAAUGAAUACAGAAAAAUUGACGUUGAAGUUAGAUGAGCGUUUGCAAAUUAUGUUCAUCUCGUGAUGUAUUCCACGAGACCAUUUAUGUAAAAAUCUAUAUGAGACAUGCACAGAAGCUUGUAAAAAUGUGAUAUGAGCUGUACAUUGUUGAUUGUACUUUUAGUUGCACUGAUUGGUUGUAAUGAAUAACAUUUUCAGAAGUAGAUAUAUUAAUAUCUUGAAGAAUUAAUUUUUAUGUUCAAAAAUAUUUGAAUAUUUUAAAAAAAUUAGAAGUUUUUGUUAUAAUAAUUAAAUGAGGUUAAUUAUGUUCUUUUGUGCUAAUGUUUUAAUGUUGUAGAAUCUCAUUUUUUAAAUUAAAAGUUUAAUAAAGGGUUGAAGACGUGAAAAGAAAAUAAUAUAAUGUAAAAGAGUUCUAUUCAACAAGAAUGAGAGAAUCAAUUUAGGACAAACUUAAUUUCUAGGAUAUAAAAAUAGUUAUUUUAAAAAGAUAGAAAUUUCUAAGGUAAUUUCAUAAAAAAUUAAAUUUUUAAUAAUUACUUUAAACCUAUUUAUUUAGUUUAAAAUGACAUAUUAUUUAUGCAAAUAGUUGUUUAACACUACUGCACAAAUAUUAAUUAAAAAUUAUGUAUGACAAUAUAGAUAUAUGAAUAUCAAUUAUUAACUAAAGAGAAGAGAAUUUUUUGAAAGUAUAUAUUUUACGUUAAUAAUUUUAUUGAAAUUUUUUUUGAAUACAGAUCUACAUUGAUUAUAAGUAGGCAGUAAAUAUUUAUGCAGAUGUACAUAUAUAAUGUAUUAAGAUCUGUUAAAUACAUAAAAAAGAUAUGCAAAAUAAAAAGGUACUUUUUCUUAAAUCUCUAUUGACAAAACAAAUUUUGAUAUAUAUAUUCUGUUUCUGUAUCUAUUUUUUAUAAAAAUAUACAUUUGCAUGAAUA